CUGAGCCGUGAAUGUAAUGUAGUGAUAGGAGUUGGUAGCAGAAGAGAGACUGAGCCGUGAAUGUAAUGUAGUGAUAGGAGUUGGUAGCAGAAGAGAGACUGAGCCGUGAAUGUAAUGUAGUGAUAGGAGUUGGUAGCAGAAGAGAGACUGAGCCGUGAAUGUAAUGUAGUGAUAGGAGUUGGUAGCAGAAGAGAGACUGAGCCGUGAAUGUAAUGUAGUGAUAGGAGUUGGUAGCAGAAGAGAGACUGAGCCGUGAAUGUAAUGUAGUGAUAGGAGUUGGUAGCAGAAGAGAGACUGAGCCGUGAAUGUAAUGUAGUGAUAGGAGUUGGUAGCAGAAGAGAGACUGAGCCGUGAAUGUAAUGUAGUGAUAGGAGUUGGUAGCAGAAGAGAGACUGAGCCGUGAAUGUAAUGUAGUGAUAGGAGUUGGUAGCAGAAGAGAGACUGAGCCGUGAAUGUAAUGUAGUGAUAGGAGUUGGUAGCAGAAGAGAGACUGAGCCGUGAAUGUAAUGUAGUGAUAGGAGUUGGUAGCAGAAGAGAGACUGAGCCGUGAAUGUAAUGUAGUGAUAGGAGUUGGUAGCAGAAGGGCUAGAAAUGAUUUUUGUUUGUUGUUGCUGCACCUAGUUUGGGUUUUACUUUAGUUGUUUGGGGGCUUUCAGACCGUGUAUUUGUCCAGUUGUAACUUGUUAUUUGUUUGUAAUCAUAUAUUUUAGGUGUUUAGGAGGUCUGUAGUGUAAGUGACUGAUAAGCUGUGUGUGUAGGCCUGUGUUACCCUGUGAUAGUAGGGUUGACAAGCUACACCCGAGAUCAGGACAACCCCAACUUCCUGCCAGGCUGGUCUGGUCCAAACGGAUCCUCUCUCCCCUGUGUUGCUUUUCAUUUUAUUUCUGGCUGAUCAAGUAGCCGCGGGAAGGUCUUGGGUGACACAUGUGAUUGUAAUGAGCCCAGCCAGCAGUGCUCCGGUGUUGUCGGUGUGGCUCGGUGUGGCUCGGUGCACGGCUACUUCCUGGUACAACAGAGAGAGGCAGUGCUGAGUUAAAAACACCACACACACACACUGACAACAGGGAAGGAACGACACAGAAAACACUUGGCCUGUUUCCACUCAAUCUAAACCUUCCGGAUUUUCUCCACUUCUCUGUUAUUUCAACGAUUGGAGGGCUGAUGUUUUUGGGUUUAGGGGUUGAAUGAAGAAUAAUUUUGGAUGAGUCGGAUGCAGAAGGAAGGUCCUGUUGGUCGGGGCUGAGAAGGAACCGGAGCGGGGAGGAAGAACAGUCCUCCCGACGGCGGAGAACCGUCGCACACCAUUGUGUUUUAAAAAAAACAUUUAUUAUUCUAACAUCUUCGUGUAUUUUAAUAUUUUCGAUAGACGAGGUAAGUUAACGGAAGAUAUGGGUUGUUUGGGCAACAGCAAGACUGAAGAUCAACGCAUCGACGAAAAAGCACAACGAGAGGCGAAUAAAAAAAUCGAAAAACAGUUGCAAAAAGAAAGACAAGCGUAUAAAGCGACGCACCGGCUGUUAUUAUUGGGUGCUGGAGAGUCCGGGAAAAGUACUAUUGUGAAGCAGAUGAGGAUUCUGCACGUCAAUGGUUUUAACGCAGAAGAAAAGAAACAGAAAAUACAAGAUAUUCGGAAAAACGUGAAGGAUGCGAUAGUGACGAUCGUGUCAGCGAUGAGCUCCUUGAUGCCCCCAGUCACUCUAGCCAACAUCGAAGAUCAGUACAGAAUCGAGUACAUCAAAAGCAUAGCUCCUCUCUCGGAUUUUGACUACACACAGGAGUUCUUUGAUCACGCCAAGAAGCUGUGGGAUGACGAGGGAGUGAAGGCGUGUUUCGAGAGAUCCAACGAGUACCAGCUCAUCGACUGUGCACAAUAUUUCCUGGACAGAAUUGACUCAGUAAGACAAGGAGACUACACUCCCACAGACCAGGACCUGCUACGAUGCAGAGUGUUAACUUCAGGAAUAUUCGAGACGCGAUUCCAAGUAGACAAAGUCAACUUUCAUAUGUUUGAUGUAGGUGGCCAGAGAGAUGAGAGGAGAAAAUGGAUCCAAUGCUUCAAUGAUGUGACUGCUAUCAUCUUUGUGGUUGCCAGCAGCAGCUACAACAUGGUCAUAAGGGAGGACAACAACACCAACAGGCUACGGGAAGCCCUGGAUCUCUUCCGCAGUAUCUGGAAUAACAGGUGGUUACGCACCAUAUCGGUUAUACUGUUUCUGAACAAGCAGGACAUGUUGGCUGAGAAAGUAUUAGCUGGAAAAUCCAAAAUUGAAGACUACUUCCCUGAAUAUGCUCGCUACACCAUACCAAAUGAAGCGACUCCUGAACCUGGUGAAGACCCAAAAGUAACAAGAGCUAAGUUUUUCAUCCGAGACGAGUUCCUGAGGAUCAGCACAGCCAGCGGAGAUGGUAGACACUACUGCUACCCACACUUCACCUGUGCUGUGGACACAGAGAACAUCAGGAGGGUCUUCAACGACUGUCGAGAUAUCAUUCAGAGGAUGCAUCUGAGGCAGUACGAACUCUUGUGAAGGGAUGGACACAGACACACACACACACACACACACACACACACACACACACACACACACACACACACACA